ACCCUUCUCUCUUUUUCUCUCUAAAAACUCUUCCUCUAUGUACAAUUACACACUACAUACACGUUUACAUUGUCUCUCCCUCUCUCUCUCUCUCUCUCUCUCUCAAGCUACAGAAGUAACAACACAAUGAGAGAGUUCUGAAUACACUGUUAAAGUGCCCACACCAAAACCAGAGAAAAGAAUGUGAAAAAAAGAGAGCUAAAGGUACUAGUACUCUUACCACCAAUCAGCAAAACAAACCCUUUUGCAGACCUCUAGAGAGAGAGACAAAGAGUGAGAGACAACUCUAGAGAGAGAAAGUUGAGAGCAGAGCUCCAGCUGUGUGUGAGCUCUCACCUACAUCACACAGUUCCAAAACCCUAGAAAGAGAGAGAGAGUUGAGCUCUCUGCUAAAACCGAAAUUCACAAGAUUUGAGAGCUAAAAAAGCCCUAGAUCCAGAUUCAUCCGUAUCGGAACUCGUGGUUGUUCGCUGGUUGUUUUGCUGCAAGAGUUACAUGUAAUGAUAUACAGUAAUCAGAAAUGGAAAAGAUUCCGGAACCAAAGGCGCUUUUUGGGAAGUUGCCUGUUGUGGGUCGGGCAGCGACUGCGAGCACUACUUCUAUUAGAGAAGUUACGGGUCGAUCUGAUGCACGAGACUCAGAAGAUUGGGACUCCCCUGCAUCUGUAAGAACCUGGAAAGAGAAGAACUAUUUACAAGAUCAAGAGGAACUAAUGCCAGAUAUUGUUACAUUUAAGGGCAGUGGGGACUCAUUUGAGGAUGUUGGUUCUACUUCUUUUUCCGGGGCUAGUCAUCCUCCGGAACCUGUUGAUACUGAUCUAAUGAGACCAGUCUACGUACCUAUUGGUCAAAGCAAAUCAGAGGGUAAAUGCUUGGUGAAGAGCUUGUCUAUGAAGGGUCCUUUUCUAGAAGAUCUUUCAAUUCGGGUUCCUGGCAUCAAACCAAGCUCAUCUGUUCUUUCACCCGCUGAGAACUUGGUUGAAGAAGCAAAUGGUUUGGGUGCAGUGUCUUCACCAUUUUUAGUGCCUCGUCCAUCACAAAACACGGAGAACGCUCUCCUUCCCCCGGAUUCUGAGGAAAAGGAAUGUAUUUGGGAUGCUUCUUUGCCUCCAAGUGGCAAUGUAAGUCCGCACAGUAGCAUUGAUAGUACCGGAGUGGUCAGAGCCAUGAGCAUUGGCAAUAGCUGCACCAGUACAUAUCGGAGUGAUGGGGUUAGGAGUGAUGGUAUACUUAGUAUGGACAGGAAUUGGGAGAGUAUAAAAGGGAGUAUUCGAGGUGAUUCACUAGAGAGUGCAAAAACAAGCCUUAGCCGUGCAAGUGAUAGCAGUGGCCUUAGUGAUGACAGUAAUUGGAGUAAUCUUACUGGGAGUGCCAAUAAGCCUCACAAAGGGAAUGAUCCUAGAUGGAAAGCUAUUCUAGCCAUCCGAGCACGGGAUGGAAUAUUGGGCAUGAGUCAUUUUCGAUUACUCAAACGGCUUGGUUGUGGUGACAUUGGUAGUGUGUACCUCUCUGAGUUGAGUGGGACCCGCUGUUACUUUGCAAUGAAAGUGAUGGACAAGGCAUCACUUGCAAGCAGGAAGAAGUUGACAAGAGCUCAGACGGAAAGAGAGAUUUUGCAGCUGCUGGACCAUCCGUUCUUGCCGACCUUAUACACUCAUUUUGAGACAGACAGAUUCUCAUGUCUAGUCAUGGAAUAUUGUCCAGGAGGUGAUCUGCAUACCCUGAGGCAACGGCAACCUGGGAAGCAUUUUUCAGAGUAUGCGGCACGGUUCUAUGCUGCAGAAGUUCUUUUGGCACUCGAGUAUCUGCACAUGUUGGGAGUUGUGUACCGUGACCUUAAACCAGAAAACGUUCUUGUACGUGACGAUGGCCACAUAAUGCUUUCAGACUUUGACCUUUCUCUAAGAUGUGCGGUUUCACCAACCCUCAUUAAAACCUCUUCAUUCAAUGGCGACCCAUCCAAACGGGGAACAGCAUUCUGCGUCCAACCCGCCUGUAUCGAACCCUCAUCAGUAUGCAUCCAACCUGCAUGCUUCAUUCCCCGAAUCUUCCCCCAAAAGAGCAAGAAAAAAACCCGAAAACCUCAAGCCGAGCCUCGGUUCCCAACAAAUAUGCUACCAGAGCUCGUUGCCGAGCCUACAGCAGCCCGCUCGAUGUCCUUUGUCGGGACCCAUGAAUAUUUGGCCCCCGAAAUCAUCAAAGGAGAAGGCCACGGCAGCGCAGUCGAUUGGUGGACGUUUGGCAUUUUCUUACAUGAGCUACUUUACGGUAAAACACCGUUCAAGGGCUCGGGAAACCGUGCUACACUGUUCAACGUGGUUGGGCAACAACUCCGAUUCCCAGAGUCGCCGGCGACAAGUUAUGCGAGUCGGGACCUGAUCCGGGGCUUGCUCAUGAAGGAGCCACAGCAACGGCUUGGAGUGAAGAGGGGAGCGACGGAGAUCAAGCAACACCCAUUCUUUGAAGGUGUAAAUUGGGCUCUGAUACGGUGCAGCACGCCACCGGAAAUACCAAGACCGGUCGAGUACGAGCCGUCUGCAAAGUUUGGAGCUGUCGAUACGGGCGGGAUUGGGGUCGGGGUCGGUAGCAGCAGUAAAAGGAUGGUUGGGACAGAGGUGAAGCCAGGAGGUAAAUAUCUGGACUUCGAGUUCUUCUAGUUUUUAGGGUUUAUAUGUGAUUAGAUGUGCUGUGUUGUAUUACUAUCAUUAGGUAAUCCCCACAGAACCUUUUUCGCAUUACCAUGUUUGGUUGAUGCAUUUUUAACCCAAUUAUAAAGGAAAAAUCUUGCUUUCAACUGGAAAAUUAUAGUUGAAUUCUCAGUUCCUGAUGGGGUUUUUGUACUGUUUGAGAAAAAAAAGAUCAGACAAAUCCUAAACCCAAAUGUGCCAAUUAGUGAACUUAUGUCAUUGAUUUUUAUUAGACCUAGUCGGUGUUAUUAAA